CCACAAAACCUAAAAGUAGACGUCAGAGUCGUCACUGUGAUCGUUAAACAUGGCGGAGGUUGAUUUUGGAGACACCGAACUGUUCGAGCAGUUUGAGAACGCGCCAGUUGUGAAGCACAUUCGUUUUAGUGAUGUCGACGAAGAGGAGUCAGAGGAAGUGCACGAUCGUUUAGUCGAGUGCGAAGCGACGAUUGAGCGUCUGAACGCAGAGAAUGAGGAACUGAAGAGAAAGUUAAACAUAUUAAGUCGUCCUACAGGUAUAAAAAUAGAAAAUUCAAGAACAGAUGGACCUCUCUGUCAAGUUCUUUUUGGAAACAAUAGCAUUUCUAAGCAACGUCGGCAAGAAAUCGAGGACUUUAUCUGCUGUCUGGUCCAAAAACACCUACAUGAACAGAAACACAAUGACCCGGAAAGCUCUGCGCUUCAUGUCAACCCUCAAUAUUCAAGUAUUGUCAUGGAGGAAAGCUAUAAAGUGCAGGAUUCCUGUUCCUCGAAACAGGUCAAAGAUGCUUUCAGUGUGGUGGGAAGUGUUUUGUAUUUCAACAACUUCUGUGUUGAUAAACUUGGUCAGCCGUUGCUCAAUGAUAACCCGCAGCUGACCGUUGGAUGGGAAAUUCCAAAAUACCAGCAGGUCUUUGGCCAGGUUAUCGCUCUUGAGGGUCAAGAGGUUCAGAUUAAAGAGAAAAGGCCUAGGCCGUGCUGUUUUAACUGCGGUUCAGAAGACCAUCAGCUGCGAGAUUGUCCAGAGCCCAAAGACAUGGCUAAGAUCAAUGAAAAGAGGAAGGAGUUUUCACAAAACAGCAGUCUGGGAAAUCAACGCUACCACGCAGAGGAGGUCGAGGAACGAUUUGCAAAGUACAAGCCAGGAAUAGUGAGUCAAGAGCUUCUCGAUGCCCUCGGCAUCACUACAAACACACUCCCCCCCUAUAUCUAUCGCAUGCGGGAGCUGGGAUACCCACACGGCUGGCUAAAAGAGGCAGAGAUGGAGAACUCAGGCUUGGCGCUGUAUGAUGGCAAAGAAUCAAAAGACGGAGAUGUUCCUGAUGAUGACAACCAGUGCAAGAUCUCGUAUGAUGUCUCGAAGCUGGUGGACUUUCCCGGCUUUAAUGUUACGGCUCUGCCCAAUGUCAGGGAUGAAUACAGAUCUUUUGGGUCCAUCCCCAUGCAACCACAGCACUGGAAAGAAAAUUAUGCUGCUUGUUUAACCAACACGUUCCCAUCGCCUGGUUCUGGAAAUAAGAGGCGUCAUACAUCUGAACUGAUACUCGGUCAAACAAAGAAACUGAGAUCCACUUCAGAUCAAGAAUCAGACAUGGAGAUAGAGUCGGAUCACGACUCCAGUACUCCACUGAGAUCUGAUGGUUUCCAGUUCCAACCACCACCUCCUCCCGGCGCUUCGUCCCCCAGCAUUCCACCACCCCUACCACUGGGAACGCCGCCCUCCACACCGACCCCACCUCCACUCCCCAAAGACACUCCUCCUGCAUCUAACUCUCCAUCCAUUCCAGCGAGAGGCGUGGCUGAGGGGGAGGAGUCGGAGGACGGGCUGACCCUGGAAGAACUGGAGGAGCAGCAGAGGCUCUUGUGGGAGGCCCUCGAGAAGGCGGACACCACCACCAACAGCGACUCUGAGGCCGGAGCGUCCGUGACCACCGUCCCGAGCUCCCCGAGCGUUUGCACUCCCCUGAGGCCCGAUGCUGAGGAUGACAGCGAAAAGAUUCCAGCCGACAGCUCGAGUCACACGUUUGAAGUCCUGAGCACGCCGACAUCGCCUGUUGUGGAGCGAGGAGUGAGUGUUGUUUGUGAGGAAGAGAGAACGGAUAAUGAACAGGUAAAACAUGUGAUUGAUGAGAACGUGAACGACGUGCAGGAAGACAUGAGUGACAUUAUCGUUCUGGAUGAAGUUUAUGAGGAAAGCGAUGAUCAAGAUGCAACGAACGGAACCGAAAACACGCCGCAGGUCGGAACGCAGGAACGUAAGGCUGAAGAGGUCGAGAACUCUGAGGAAUCUGUGAAAGUUUCUGUGGUUCCACACCGUAGCAAGUUUGCUGCGGGAAUAAUUCCUUUUGAGGAAACCCCUGAGUUUACAGAGGUUGCUGAAGCAACAGGCGUUUACAUGAAGAUUCGGGAUCUGCUGAAAGGUUCGCCAAGAAAUCAAGCUAAAAAUAAGAAGUAGCUCAAACACUUUCUUUUAUUCGCUAGCCAGUCAGUUGUACAUUUUCGGUGGUCUUUAUGAUAGGUUGGCAAGUGUGUGUUCUGUGUUGUACAGUACUUUUUUUUAGAAAACAAAGUCGCAGAUUGACACAUUUGAUCCAUGACGUGAACUGGUUUUGUACUUAAGAUUUAAUCUCCUGUGUUCAGUUAUUUUUUUAUUCUUGUCGAAUGAAUUGUUGUUCUUUUUUCUAUGGCAGUUUGGUUAUAUAACCGCCAUAGAAUCUUUUUAAAAAACAACUUAAACACUUUUAGAUUAUCCCCUUGUGUUUAUCUCAUUAAAUUAAAACAUUUUAACGGGUAGAUAAAUCAUUUUGAUUAACUGUAGAUUUUUUAGAUAACGUCGAUUUUUUUUUUUUUUAAGUGAGAGUGAAUACUGUAACCUUUAUUUGAUUCGUUUCUUUCAUUAUCAUACAAACAGCUCCCCAAGAGGACUUUAUUACAGAAAUAAAAACCCAUACUAACAGACUAACCCGGGGGGGGGUUCAAACUUUGGUACCUUUAGCACCCCCUAGUGGAAUAUGACACUAUAGGAAAUUGUUAACAUUAGUUCUCUCUUUAAAUACAAUUCAAAGUGUUUGAUAAGUAUGUAAAAUAUAGUUUUAUCCUGUACUUUAUUAUUGGGUAGUUGUCACUCUGGUAACAUCACAGAUGCAGAGUUUGAACACACUACUCGCACAAUAGUAUUCUAUCUCUUCUACAUCAGUAUAUUAAAUUCACAGAAGGGCAAUAAAAUAUCAAAAAUA